CGCGAGGUUUCUAAUGAUUUGACUAAAUGCCACGUCUGAGAAUGAAUAGACACCUUUGAGACACUUUGCUCUGUUUGGAAGAAUUUGUUUGAUUAUCUAUCAUCGCUGCAUAAUUACAGCAGACACGUGAGAUGAUGGCCCAUGGACGUCUGCUAGCGUUAACACUGUUCUCAGGAGCAGUGCUGUUGCUAGCCGCCCAGCUAACUGUUGCUCAUAGCCACUCUCAUGACCAUGGGCAUGCACACGACSACCAUGGGCAUGCACACGACCACCAUGGGCAUGCACACGACCACCAUGGGCAUGCACACGACCACCAUGGGCAUGCACACUUGCACGGGGGCGGCGGUUCCGAUGGUCACUCCCAUGGCAGUCAGAAACUGCACCAAGGGGCGAGCAAGUGGAGUGCUGAGGCCAACCUUCCCCCAGCUGAGGAGUCGCACCACGGUCACGCACAUGACCAUGGACAUAAGCACGAGGAGAGUGGACACGGGCACACCCACGGAGGAGAGAGGGUGAUAAGGGAGGCAGAGGGAAAGAAGAGGGACAUAGUGGAGCUCUGGAUGCAGGCCAUCGGUGCCACCCUGCUGAUCAGUGCUGCUCCCUUCUUCAUCCUCUUCCUGAUCCCAGUCCAGUCCAAUACAGACCAGCACAAGAACCUCCUGAAGGUGCUGCUGAGCUUUGCCUCUGGUGGCCUGCUGGGAGAUGCCUUCCUACACCUCAUCCCUCACGCCCUGGUGCCUCACUCUCACCAUGGAGACGAGGGACACGGCCACUCUCAUGACAGUGAAGAAUCACAGGAUCAUGGCCACUCACAUGGUGCCGCCCAUGGUCACAUGAUGUCAGUAGGGCUGUGGGUCCUCGGAGGAAUUGUGGCCUUCCUGGUGGUGGAAAAAUUUGUUCGCCUCCUGAAGGAAGGACAUGGACAUGGACACUCUCACGCUGCUCCUAAGGCAAAGGAGAGUGACGGGGAGGGAAAAAAUAAGGAGGGUGAGAAAGCUGGAAAAGAAAGCAAAGAUGAGAAGACUCCAAAAGGAGUGGAGGAGAAAACUACAGAUAUCAAGGUAUCGGGCUACCUCAACCUGGCUGCUGACUUCACACACAACUUCACUGACGGGCUGGCCAUCGGGGCAUCGUUCCUGGUGGGCCCAGCAGUAGGCACAGUCACCACUCUCACCAUCCUGCUGCACGAGGUGCCCCACGAGAUUGGCGACUUUGCCAUCCUGGUCCAGUCUGGCUGCACCAAGAAGAAGGCCAUGUGUCUACAGCUGCUGACAGCCUUGGGGGCUCUUGCCGGCACAGCCUGCUCCCUAUUGGCUGAGGGGGUGGGCGCGGCCGCCACAGCCUGGAUCUUGCCAUUCACCGCAGGUGGCUUUGUGUACAUCGCCACGGUGACGGUCCUGCCCGAGCUGCUGGUUGGUCGCUCUAGUCUGGGCCAAUCGGUGAUGGAGAUCCUGGCGAUGCUGGUUGGAAUUUACAUGAUGGUGCUAAUCGCAGAGUACGAGUGAGAGAUUGAGUCAUCAAUAAGAGAGGGUGGUAGCGCUUAAGGAGAUGGAGGUAUUUGGAGAGGGGAGGAGAGACUGAACCAGAGAGAUGGAUUUAUAUCAUUGUUGUGAUUGGAAGGAAAGACUGAUGAAGUUUAAAGGCGAGCGAGAGAGAGGUGAGAAGAGACCGACAAAGAGCUUUCACAGGACUGGACUAUUUGUUCCAAAGAGGACCUGAAUAGGGAGUUGCAUUUCAACACCAACCAGCUGGAGGAUUAUGACUAAGAAGUUCUGAACUGUACAAAGUCCUCAUCAGCAGGACUGUCACCAUGUCUAAGUCCGAUAGGUCAUCAAACCGAGAYUUAGAAAAGCAAGGCAGAUGACUCGGGAGUUGUAGUCCAUUAAUUGCACAGUUCAUUCCCUUUUUGGUCACAAAACGGCAACCCAAAACAAUGUACUUUUAAGUUGCCGUUUAACUAUUGAAUCUGUCCAUUUAGUUAACUAAAAUCAAGAAUGGCCUCCACACACAAAUAUUUGUAAUGUUUAUUUUACCUUKAAUUGUACUGGCAGAGAUCACAGAUUGAACACAAUAGAACUAGACAGUUAAGUGGUUAGGGCAUUUUCCAAGAUUUUUUAGGAUCAGAGUAUAUUAGUAUAUAACUGGAACAUUCCAAUUAAAUUAAGAGCACUACAUUGUAACGUAUAGUCCAUUAACCAGGUCCCCAAAUAGCAGCCAUCUUGGAUACUUGACAUCGAUGAGGACAAGAGUGUCCUGAAAUGUCAUCAGUUUCCUGAAUGGGACUUAUUGGGAAUGAUUAAGCUGUUUUAGAUGUCUACAUUUACACAGCAGUUACUGAGCAAUUUAGCUAGGGAGAUCUACUUGUUUAAAGGUUUUCAUACCUGCAUAAUGUGGAAGUACAGUAAUAUGUAUUUAGGGUGGGCUAUCCAUGUGGAAAUUUAACCGAUUAUCCAGUGACAGGAUUCGGGGGAAGUAGACACAGUCCUUCAAAACCUAAUUUCUUCAACCCUACUUCAUUGUAAUGUCUUGACCAAGUGAUGUUUGCCCUUCUUUUGAACAACUGAAUGAUGUGAACCCUCUUCCAUUUUUGUUUAGUGUUUAUAAGCCACUGCUGCAGCAAGUUUUGUUGAAUUGUAACAUUUAUUAUUUUGGGGGAUUCACACACAUUCUCUUGCGUACUGUACUCAAACCUGCACUGAGUGCGUUUGCUCUCACUCCGCUCUUGACGAAUACAGAAGGCCUUGUGUCAUUAAGRCAAUCAAWGCUGUAGCUGUUAUGUGUUUAGAAAUAACUCCCUCACCCUGGACCCUUCUGUAUGUACAAGACUGCAUCUCUKGCCUGAUUCCAUGUCCCUAUCCACAGGACCUUGACUUCUUUCUUGUGGAUCUGAAACUGUAUUGCCAAUAUUGUAUAGUAAGCUGCUUUACCUAGGUAUUUGUGAUAAGUAUGUUUCCAUCGAUUGUAUUCAUUACAUCAAAAGUCUUAUCAGAUGCUUCAGGUAGUCAACAUUGGCCUAUAUAUGGGUGCAAUGGCUUGAUUUGGAGUCAUACUUUUUAAUCAGAGGGACCAAGUAAACGACUAAUGUUAAAGUGGUGGAUGGGAUAUUUGUUAAGCGUGGGGGUGAAGACUGGUGGAAUUUUUGUUACUUUUAUCUUGAGUUUUCAUUAAACAAUUUAAGUUUCUCUCA